AUGACACGCAUAAUCGAAUCAGAGAAUUUCAUUGCUCUGUGGAAGUCAUACGAUGAUGUUUGGAUAUCAACAAAUGGAGUUUAUAUUACGGCAGCACUGAGAAAUCCAUUUGUUAAUUCAUCACGUCUACUUGGUCGAUUACCCUUGGCAAAGGGCACGCAACAGUUACUCUUUCCAUUCCUGUUCGAACUACUUUUUAAACCAACGCGCGUUGUUUCCCAAGGUGUGGAACAGAUACUUCGUACCAAACACAAACAACUCACCUGCCUUCAUAUUCGACUAGGGAAAAAUCCUUCAAAUCCACUUGACCCAGCAAAGCCAGCACGAAUUAAUAUGACACGGAAGAUGCUCGAUUUUCUGUAUGAUAACCCUUCUCUUGCAUCGACACAAGGCACUCUAAUUUUCGUCAGUUCCGACAGUGAUCGGGCCAUCACAGAAGUACGUCAACAUUUUCCCAAUUCAUCUAUCACUGUACCCGGCCCAAUCAUGCAUAUUGAUCACCAUAAUAAAAAAACAGUUCGUGAAUACGAUAAAAAGAAAAUUUGUGCUGGUUUGGUAAAAGCUCUAACCGAUUUUUAUGUUCUUGGCGAAUGUCAAGUGAUUCUACUAUCAUAUAGUGGGUUUUCAGCCUGGGCCAACCGACGAAGGUCGAAUCCUAAUGAUAAACUCUUCAUGUAUUAUGAUCGGUUAGGUACUAUAAGACGAGCUACAAUGUAA